AUGGCUCCUACAGGUAUAAAAAAUGAUGGAGACCGGACGAGGACGAAACUUUGGGCGCCGAAAACGCGAACAGGUUGCUUCACCUGCAAGUCACGACGUGUGAAAUGUGACGAGACGAGACCGAGAUGUAAACGCUGCGAAAAGGGACAUUUUGUCUGCCAGGGCUAUCCCGCCAAACCAGCAGUUCAGCAAAGCUCAGCGGCGCCGCUUGCACCGAAAUUGACUACUCCCCCGUCACCGAACCAUACCGGGGCAUUCCAGGACAUCCGACAAGCGAUUUACAUGGCGCCCCGGGUUGGAAUGCUACUAGAAGAGCUAAGCCGCAUGGAAUUAUACCACAAUGAGCUGAAUAUGGGCUAUAUUGGUUCUGUGAUGUCCUACCUGACUCACCUGCCGAUAAGAGUCGACCAAGACCCGACACUGGAUUUAGCUAUCCAUUGUGUUGCAUUCACUUUAAAGGGUUUUAUACAACACGACUUUACGGAGGCUAAGUUUGAGAUGACCGAUACCAAGCUGUUGGCGGCGUAUUGCCGCGCGUUAAGCGGGCUCCAGAGAGCGCUACAGGAUCCCCAGCGGUCAAAGUCCGCAACAGUGCUUUGCAUUACAAAGCUUCUGAUGUUAUUUGAGUGUCUUCGGGGGACAACACGCGCGGAAGACCUGGUCAAGCACGAACGUGGCGCUUCUCUGCUCAUUCAACACCGUGGACCAAGUAGAUUUACGACGGAGUUUGAAAAGUGUCUUUUAGCCACACAUGUUCCGUUAAUUUUCAACUCGACAUUCUUCACCUCACAGAUCUGCUUUCUUGGCGAGCCUGAAUGGAUGGCGGCUGUGCAAGGCUGUGUUUCAUCUGCACCGCAAUCUGUAGACCGUGCAGACUUCUGGCUCAUGUACUAUACGCACGCAAUCCCAUUUGCCAACAACCUCGUCAAAAUCAGCCGGUUGAUAACUUUCCCACCUGCUUGCAGGGAAACUCGGGCACUCCAACAAAAUGUACUCGCCGAGGAGACCCUCAAGCUCUACGAGACUAUCGAAUCAUGGCAUACUUUUAUUAUCAAUGCAGAGCCAACAGGGAAGAUGAGGACUCUCUGGCACAUAAGGUGGUUGAAUCGGGUCCAAAUCACCGUCGUUGCAAUGAUUCUGCAGUGCCAUGCAGUAGUCGCCGUCGGCGCUGGUGAUAUUCAGGCGGCAUAUAAUCAUGCUUUAAGGCUGACAGACUCUUUGAUUUUGGCAAAUAAGACCCGGACAAGCGUGAGCAAAGCCGAGUACCAAUUCGUCACGGGUGUGUGCCGGCUGGUCAAGAUGACCAAGAGUGAAUGGGUAGAGUUUGUGAUACAGGCUCCGCAAAUCGAUGAAUCAGGUAAUGAAGUUCGGAAACUUAUGAGUUCGGAUAUGUACUGGAGAUUCUUUCGGGCGUGUGGAUGUAUUCCACCGACGGAGCCAUAGAAGUUCACAGCGGCCACUUUGCUCCAUUGGUUAGUCAUAGUUGGUAGCCCAAACAAUACAACAUGAGUCUAGAGUGUUAUGUUUUCACAUGGAUAUUUUCUUAGCUUCUUAUACUUAGACAUGAACCUGUUACUUCCACUAAUCUUGUGUUUUAUGGGACUGCGAAUCGGCACUAAGUAAUCCAGGCGAUCGAUACGGUCGACGCUAAUGCCCCCGCCUGUGAGCUGGGUCAACUAGAGGCCCUCGUAAACUUUGUUCUUGAUGACUGUCUAA